AUGAGUUUCGCACCACCUACCACAUCUGUGAAACUUGUGCUUCUUGGUGAAGCAGCAGUGGGAAAAUCAUCUUUGGUGCUUCGGUUCGUUAGCAAUGAUUUUCAAGAAAACAAAGAACCAACCAUUGGAGCAGCGUUUUUGACACAAAAGUGCACCAUUGGCGAGCGCACCAUCAAGUACGAAAUAUGGGACACCGCUGGCCAGGAGAGGUUUGCCUCGUUGGCUCCAAUGUACUACCGGAAUGCCCAGGCGGCGUUGGUGGUUUAUGAUAUUACCAAGCCAGCGUCGUUUAUCAAGGCUCGUCAUUGGGUCAAGGAGUUGCACGAACAGGCUUCGAAGGAUAUCACCAUAGCGUUAGUGGGAAACAAGCACGAUUUGGUGGAAGACGAUAAUGACGGCGACGACAGUUCGCUUCGCAAAGUCAGCAUCGAAGAGGGUCAAAAGCUUGCGGACGAGGAGGGUCUUCUUUUCUUCGAGACCAGUGCCAAAACGGCGUACAAUGUCAAUGAAGUCUUUGUGGGUAUAGGGUCAAAGAUCCCUGAGGCUCCGCUGCUGAAACCACAACAGCCGCAGGCUACGGACGGACGCAUUGAUCUCAGUACGGGAACGGCACCCGCAGCGGACGGAUGUGCGUGCUAG